AUGGUCGUCGAGCUGGUCAAACCUCGAACAAAGGACGGACAUUUGGAUGAUCGCAGCCAGCCGGCUUUGCCUGUAGUGCACCGUAGCUUUGCAAAUCCAGCACCGCUGGGCCUUCUCUCCUUUGCCACGGUCAUCUUCUUGAUGUCGACGUACGGCGUCAGUGCUAGAGUUACAAGGCCUAAUGGGAUGAUUGGUGUGCUGCUCUUCUCCGGGGGUGUUUGUCAGUUCAUAUCUGGUAUCAUGGAGUUCAUAUCCGGAAAUACGUUCGGGGCGACCUUGUUUCCCUCAUAUGCCGCCUUCAACCUCUCGUUUGCCAUGAUCUGGCUUCCAGGCACAGGCAUAAUGUCCGCAUAUAUUGACUCGGAGACCAAGCUCCUCAGUCCUGAAUUCUCUCAGGCUAUGUCGCUUUACUUUUGGGCAUGGUUCAUUCUGACAGUUGCGUUCACCGUCGCGGCGAUUCGAAGCUCGUGGGUGCUAUUUUCCACGUUGUUCUUUUUGGCCAUUGUGUUACUGCUGAUGGCGGUUGGCCACAUGCUAAACGACGACCGAGUCUUGACCGCAGCUUACUGCUUUAGUUUUGUGUCCGGGUUCUUUGGAUACUGGGCUGGAUGUGCCGGCUUGUGGGCCGGCGGAAUCACACCUAUCGACCUUCCUACAUUCCAAAUGCACAAACAAGUGUAGUCGCUGUGGUGACGAGAAGAAAAUCUGCAAAUCUGAAUGGGAGACGCAGCUGGAAUACAACU